AUGGCUGACAACAUUACUCGAUCUCUUCAUACAUUGACCGUCGAUUUAGUAUAUCAUAUAUUGGACAAACUCGAUCGAUUAACCAUUCUUCUAUCACUUCGUAAUGUUUGUACGAGUCUUAAUACGAUUAUUGAUACCUAUCAUCCAUACAAGACAUUCAACGAACUGAUGUUGACAUGGGAAUCAAUUCCUGCUCAAAAUAUUCAACAACUGGCUAACGCAUUUCACAAUAACACAACACUCACCAUGCUCAAUCUUUAUUCCAACGAGAUCGAUGAAGAAGGGGCACAGUAUCUUGCUCAAGCGUUACAGAAUAAUACGACACUCACUACACUAGAGCUUCGGUAUAACAAAAUCGGUAUUAAAGGGGCACAAUACAUGGCUCAAGCAUUACAGAAUAACACAACUCUUACUACGCUCAAUCUUGCCUUCAACGGGAUCCAUGAUGAAGGGAUACAACAUCUGGCUCAAGCAUUGCAGAAUAACAGGACACUUACCAAGCUGAUUCUUCAGUACAACGAAAUCCAUGAUGAAGGGGCACAAUAUUUGGCUCAAGCAUUACAAAAUAAUACAACACUUACCACACUUGACCUUUCCUACAAUAAAAUCGGUGUUGAAGGGACGCAAUAUAUAGCUCGAACAUUACAGAAUAAUACGGCACUCACUACGCUCAAUCUUUGGUUCAAUGAAAUUGGUAAUGAAGGAACACAAUAUCUGACUCAAGCGUUACAAAACAACAUGACACUAACGACACUUGACCUUGGAGGGAACGACAUUGAUUUUAAUGGAAUACAAUAUCUAACCCAAACAUUACAGAACAACAAGACACUCAGCAGUCUUACCCUUGGAAGCAGCAAUAUUGGUACUAGUGGGGCACAAUAUCUGGCUGAAGCAUUACAGAAUACUACGACACUCACAGAGCUUAAUCUUCACUACAACAAAAUCGGUGAUGAAGGACUGGAAUAUUUAGCUCGAGCAUUUCAGAAUAACACGACACUCACCACACUCAAUCUUGCGUUGAACGAAAUCAGUGCUCGAGGAGCACAGCAUCUGUCUCAAGCAUUACAAAAUAAUACGACACUCAUCACGCUCGACCUUAGCAGAAAUCAAAUCCUUACCGAAGGAGCACAAUAUCUGGCCCAAGCGUUACAGAAUAACAAUACACUCAAGAUACUCAGACUUGAGCUCGGCCAUAUUGGUAGUAAAGGGACACAAUAUCUCGCUCAAGUAUUACAACAUAACAAUACACUCACUACGCUCGAUCUUGCACACAAUCUUAUUGAUGAUGAAGGAUCACAAUAUGUGGCUAAAGCAUUAGAGUAUAACACGACACUUACGGAACUUGAUGUUGGAGGCAACGAAAUCAGUGCUGAUGGAGCAGAAUAUCUGGCUCGAGCAUUACAAAAAAAUACCACACUCAUCACACUCAAGAUUGACGGCAACAGAAUCAGUGUUGAAGAGGCGAAACAUCUAUUCCAUGAACGAUAUCAUUUUGACUAUCAAAUGGCAUACCCGCGAUAA